AUGACGAGACUUUUCAACGCCCUAAUCCGCACCCACCACAUCACUUCACGCAAAAAGAUUCAGCGUCUUCGGAAAGCAGCGACCGAACAUUCUGUUCAUUAUGUGUUAAUUCGGAGUGGCGGUGCUCCAGGCAUCAUGUACGCCGAGGCCGUCGAAGAGGCGUCUGUUCGGGAAUGGGUGGAUGCGGUACAGGCUCUCCGCUACAAGGACUUUCGUUGCGUCUUCAAACCAGCUCCCGCAGCGGCUGAGAUUGCACAAGCUGGAUUCCAAGAGGUUGGCGCUGUUUCCGAGUUUGCCAAGGAGAUGGAGAGGAGGGGCCUUGGGAGUUGGUGGCGCCGAGGGAUGGGUUACGAGUGA